AUGAGUCCGUUCGACCCAGCCGGCUUGCUAUGUUUCUUCUGGAUACAUGGAAAGAUAUUGAUUCAAGAUCUGUGGAGGGCCAAGACCGAAUGGGACCAACCAAUUCCUGAAAAGCUUCGUGAGAACUGGGAACGGUGGACGAGUAGGUUUCGGUAUCUGGAACAAAUAAAGAUCUCUCGGUGUUACUUCCCUCGACAUUCGGUAAAAGAUAUCCAGUCGCUGCAGCUACAUAUCUAUGUUGACGCUAGUGAAGAAGCAUAUGCAUGUGUCGCAUACUUUAGAGCCAUAUUUCCAGACGGAAUUCGUGUAGCGUUGGUCGGAGGUAAAUCUAAGGUUGCUCCACUCAAAGCAACUUCAAUUCCGAGGUUGGAGCUGAUGGCUGCAGUGAUCGGAGUACGCCUGAUGAAAACAAUACUCGUAGGGCAUUCGCUGAUCAUCGAGAAAACAACACUAUGGACGUACUCUAGAACAGUUCUGGCGUGGAUAAAUUCGGACCAUCGGAGAUACCGCCAAUUCGUAGCAUGUCGAGUAGGUGAAAUUCUGUGUAAGACAAAUGCGGAUCAGUGGCGGUGGAUUGCCACGAAAAAGAACGUAGCGGAUGAUGCAACUAAGUGGGGAAAAGGACCGUGCUUUUCUUCUAACAAUCGGUGGUUUCGCGGCCCAGGCGAUUUGUAUUUACCCGAAGAACAAUGGAGCGUAGAGGUUCAUACGUUUAACGAAACUACGGAAGAGGAAUUGAGAUCGUGCUUGGUGCAUCAGGAUGCCACUAUACCUCAGCUUCUACAAUGGGAGCGGUUCUCUAGCAUGACACACUUGUGCCGAUCAGUAGCUUAUGUGUACCGUUACAUGCUAAACCUGCGACGAACUGUAAAAAGGGAGGCUCGACUAAUAGGUCCGCUAUCCCAGGAGGAGCUUGUUAAAGCUGAGAGAGCUAUUUUUCGUUUGGUACAACUUGAACUGUAUCCUGAUGAAGUUUCUGCGCUGACAUUAGAUCGGGAAAAACAACCGGGAUAUCAAGUGCGAUUAGACAAAACCAGCAAGAUCCGGAAAUUGUCUCCGUACAUGGAUGAUGCUGGAGUUAUCCGUUCGGACAGCAGGAUUUCUGCAGCAACCGUUGCCUAG